ACUUGCCACUCAACAGCCUAAGCCUCGAUAUUGUCCAGAUCUUGAAUGUGGACUGCUUGAAUUGUUGGAGAAUCCUACUGCAGCAAGACAAUUUCAGUUCUUCCCCUUGUGUUUUUUUUUUGUUUUCCUGUGCAUUAGGUUCCUCAGCAGAGACUGGAACACCUGUGCUCACGAUGGAGCCAAUGUGGGAGAGAUUUUUAACGGGUGACCGGAUCAUUCUUAGCUGUGAUGCCGGUCGAGAGCUUCGUUCAGUGAGAUAUACGUGGAUCGUAAACAACACUAUCAAAGAGUUCAGGGGGAAGACUUACACUAUUGAGGCUGCUGGAAAAGAGCAUGAUGGGGAGCACAGAUGCCAAACUUCCACAUCGACACAAACAACACCCUACAGUAACAGCAUUCUCGUGAGAGUAUCUGCUCCUGAUUCUAUUAUGAGGAUUGAGCCUGAGCCAGAACCUCUGUGGUGUGAACAGACAUUGAAGCUGAGUUGUCACUGCAACUACAGCAUCCAACAUGAAUUCAUUUAUACAUUUUAUCGGGAAGGUUCUGUUAUGGCUGAGAUCCGGACAAGAAAUAAAAGUGUUUCUUUUCAAAAGGAGCGCGUUACAUUUGAGGAUACAGGACAGUAUCGAUGCCAAGUGCAGAUUGUUAAUUAUCCCGAUGGUCCCGUGUACACAUCAGCUUACAUACGUGUGGAUGUGCGAGAACGUCCGUUGACGUUGCAGGUGGAUCCCAGACUGCAGAGAGAUGGUAAUCCCAUCACACUGAAUUGUUGAUGUACCCAGGAUCAUGUGUGUGGGAAAGGACAAAUUGCCUUCUACAGAAAUGACACCCUCCUGAACUCUAAUUCCAUGCCUCACAAUAUCUAUCACAUCCACCAAGUGACGCCAAUGGAUUCGGGAUGGUAUCGCUGUGCAAUUUUCCAGAACCUUUCGACGUUCCUGUCCCUUUGGGUGGAAGUCACUGUCCAGAUCCCCGUGAGCUGCCCAUCCAUCAGCUCAGAUAUGAUGGGGUCCGCUGUGUCCAUCGGUGACCACUUAACCAUCCGGUGUACCUCCGAAAGU